AAGAGAAAUGCCCUUUUCCACCUUUUCUUUCAAGAAGAAGGUUUAACCUGUGUUAGUUUCUCGUGAUUGUCUUGCCAGUAGGUCUGUCACACCUAGUAUGAGUUUGGGACCUCCUGUCUAAUUUUAUUUGGCUUUGUUUUCUCAUAUAUAUAUAUUUUUUUUAACUCUGAGAUAUGAGCCCAGUCAGCUCCAAUGGGUGUAAGUGGGGCAGCAGGCAGUAGGUCCCUCUGGAAAUGAAGCUAUUUCUGCAUCUGCAGUGUCUCAAAGAGCCCAUCCCAGCAUUGCCACUGCUGCUCUACUACUGCAAGAUCUACAGGGGAGCACAUGCUGUGACUGUGGGCAUCUGCUGCAGCCUUAGAUACCUUCUAGACUGAGUUUGUCAUCCCUUCUCUUAUGAGAUCUGUUAGGAUGGCAUCGUCUGCUUUGCCUGACAUUGUCCCCCUGCUGUGUGAAUGCCACAUUUGUGGUGGGUUGAUCUGGAAUGUGGUGUGGAUUCUGUAUUGUGCCAUUACAGCUUAGAGUGCUCAAUGCACCCAGCAGGCUCAGAGAGGUCCUGGUUUCACCACUGCUACUUGGAUGUUGUGUUCAUGUUUCUGUAGGUAUUGAAUGAUGGAUGCUGUAUGCAUCUAGGGGAGAAGGAGGUCUUACCUGUGUACCACCUGCUCAAAUCAGUGUGGCAUGCCAGGCUGGCUUAGGUCUACAGGCUAGAGAAACCAAAGGCUGAUGGUCACAUCCUCAAUUAAAUCUUUACUGUGCUGACUUCUGGUGGCUGGUUUCUGCUCUCCUCUUUCUCUUCCUAAUGGCUGCAGAACACAAAGGUUUUUUUUGUUGUUGUUGUUUUUUGUUUCUAUUAUAAUUUAAGGAUUGGACAAGAAAUUUAGAAGAAAACUGUUUCAAGACCGUCAGGAUCAGCUGAAAAGAUAUGUGCAGUGUAUGAGUAGAGAAUAGGAUAGUAGAAUGGUUGAGAAAGAGGUGAAAAGAAUAGAAAGUGAAAAUGUAGGACCUAAUUCUGUAAGUUCUUAAUCUCUUGUAGUUGAUGUACCAGUGUCAGUACUGGGCAUCCUGGUGUUUACUUAUUGAUGGAGAGGUGAAAGCAUCUGAGAAAUACAACAGGAAUGAUUAGGGAGCUGGAAGGAUUGCUUUAUGCAGAAACAUUUAAGCUAGGUACAGAAACACAGAAGUUUUGUGCAAGUGUCUGAGGAAGCCCAUAAACACUGGAAUGUGGCUGAAGAAGAGGAACAUUUAUGCCAACACUGAGGAGCGUAAUUAGGCAUAAUUGGAUGGAAUGAGAGGAUGAAAAAUUAACUUUGGACUGAAAGUGAGGAGAACGUGGCUAACCUAAACAAGCUGGGGUUCACAGAACAGUUUCCCUAGGAAAUUAGUGCAAGCGUUAAUUGCUAAUAGCUGGCAAAAUCUAAAAAGGAGAAGAACAUAGGCAGAGUUCCCUGGUGGUGAGAUCCUGCUGUGAGCUUUGCCUAAAAAGGUCAGCACAGACUAGGUGUUUGUGCUGUCCAGUCUGCCCCUAAAUGCAGGUCCUGAUAUUGUGAAGAAUCUCAUACUGGAGGCUUCUUUCUGUAGCUGCUUGUGGUAGAAGCAUAAUUAUCUUGAUGUAUUUCUACUGGGGACAUGGAAAUAACAUGUGAUGCUCAUUGUGGAGAUCUACAUGGGGAUACUGUAGACUAGCAGCCUGUAGGAGAAGGAGAGGCAGAGAGGGAAUGAAUGUGUGGUAAAACAGACAACUUUUCUGGGCAUUUACCAAGACACUUGGAGGUUUCUCUUCUAGAUAAUGAAACAAGAACAAAAUAGUAACCCUGGUGCCAGAUUUUUUUCUGGGGAUUAUAAUAGGCCUGGGGAGGUUGAUGGUCUGAGCACCAGCCAGGGAACUCCAGCUGAUUGCUAAUCCUCAGGAAAUGCCUUCUGCCUAAGUGAUAGUUGCUGGUUAGUCACUGAAAAUGAAGGUGAACAAAACUAUGCACGUUGUUCUUUUCUAGUAGGCAUUCCGUGCUUAUCAGGCACACUUACCUUGAUCUUGCAUAAGUCAAAGAGUGGUUGACUGAUUCAUUUGUCGUUUAAUUAAAUUAAAGCAAUAAAGGUUAUUCCACACUGUGGUAUACAUACUUUGCACUUUAUUGGAGAAAUAGGAGCAGGCAAUUCCUGGUCUGGGAAGUGUGCAGUCUUAAGUGGGAUCAAACACAGCCUUACAGCCUGCUGGGCGUGAGGAGGUAAACCCAAAUGUGCUCAGUUCAGUGGAGAAGCAGAGGCGCAGAGAGGAAGAAGAGGAGCGCCAAAUCCUUAUAGCGGUGCAGAAAAGGGAGCAGGAGCAGCUGCUAAAGGAGGAGAGAAAGAGAGAGAUGGAGGAGAAGGUCAAAGCAGUGGAAGAACGAGCCAGGAGGAGGAAGCUUCGUGAAGAGCGGGCCUGGCUGCUGGCACAGGGGAAGGAGCUCCCACCUGAGCUUUCCCACUUGGAUCCCAGUUCCCCUACCAGGGAAGAACGAAGGGCCAAGGAUCUCUUUGAACUGGAUGAUGAGUUCACAGCCAUGUAUAAAGUUCUAGAUGUGGUAAAGGCUCACAAGGAUUCUUGGCCUUUCUUGGAACCUGUUGAUGAGUCAUAUGCUCCCAACUACUACCAGAUCAUUAAGGCCCCCAUGGACAUCUCUAGCAUGGAGAAGAAGUUGAAUGGAGGUCAGUACUGCACCAAGGAAGAAUUUGUGGGCGAUAUGAAGACCAUGUUCAGGAACUGUCUUAAGUACAAUGGUGAAGGCAGUGAAUAUACCAAGAUGGCUUACAAUUUGGAGAGAUGUUUCCACCGAGCAAUGAUGAAGCACUUCCCUGGGGAAGAUGGAGACACGGAUGAAGAGUUCUGGAUCAGAGAAGACGGGAGGCGGGAGAAGAGGAGCCGGCGGACUGGCCGCUCCAGUGGUGGCAAUGUUUGGACUCGGUCACGAGACUCAGAGGGACCAGGCAAGAGGCAGCAACGCCUGGAAAACGGAGGGAAACCUCCACCGUAUCGAGCUACUUCUAGGGCUCCUGCUUCUUCCUCCUCCUCCUCGUCUUCCUCCUUCUCCUCAUCCUCUGCAGAGGAUCCAAGUGGAAACGCCAUGCAGCCUCCUCGAGAAGUGGGCCCUUCCAAUGGGAGAGGUUUCCCCCGCUCACUGCAGUACGGUGGCAUGCCCAGCCCUGUGCCACAUCCUGGCCAGAUGAGACCAGCUGUACCAGGAACGUUUGGACCCCUGCGUGGAUCAGAUCCAACGAAACUCUAUGGCUCACCGCGAGUGCCAGAGCCCCAUCCUGGAGACCCGGUUCAACAGCACCAGCACUUUGCCAUGCAGCCUGCCGUGGGACUGAGCGAGCACCGAGGGCACAGGCUGGCCACUCCCGAGAAGCAGGUGUGUGCAGGGCCGACCCACAUUGCUGGUCUUGGACCCCGUCCCAGCGCCUUGCAGCUAGGGUGCAUGAGUGGACCCCCUCCUGACGCCGUCUACUCAGCAGCGCAGUUCCAGCAGGGAUUCCUUCCUCCCAGGCACAACGGGCCUCCAGUGAGGCCGCCAGAGGGUUCCGAGAUGCCACCAGGACACAUGUACCGACCCUACAAGUACCUGAACCGUGGGCACCCUGCCUUGUGGAAUGGCAGCCAUGGAGCCAGCGGCCAGAGUGCAGUGGGGCCAGAGGAGAAGGCACCCCUGGGGCCAGCGCCCUCGCUCCAGCCCCGCGCCAUCGGCCAUAUGAUGGAGCCCCGGGCCAUACGGGCACCUCUGCCUCCCAGCCAGUGGACUGAGCAAUCAAACUUUCUACCUCACGGGGUGCCUCCCUCAGGGUAUAUCAGACCACCUGGGAAAACCACCAGCCAGAGAAUGCCGCAGCCACCAGCCGCUCUUUUUGGGGGACCGCCUCAGGUUCAAAGAGGGUGCCAGGGUGGGGACUCCAUGAUGGACAGCCCAGAGAUGAUUGCCAUGCAGCAGCUGUCAUCCCGUGUGUGCCCGCCAGGCGUGCCUUACCACCCUCGCCAGCCGCCCCCGCCGCACCUUCCCGGGCCCUUUCCCCAGCUGGCUCACGCUGCCUCCACUGGCGUGCCACCCCCAAAGCCUGUCGUUGGGAAUGGGAGCUCACAGGAUCAGACCAUGGAGCCGGAGAGCAACCAAGUGGAGCCACUAGCCGGCGUGGAGGAGAAGGCUCAGUGCAUCGGCAUUCCCGACAGGGCCUACGCCAAACUCCUACCUCAUCCCAAGCCUCCCCUGCCCAUGGAGUGUGCCCGGCGCAACCUGCCCCCAGAUGGGGAGGGAGAUGGCUCCAGCCUGAAGAGUGAUCUGAAGGCCAACCAGAGCAAGGGCACGUGGCCGGCCGAGAGCAGCUACGCUGGCCCAGCUGCCCAGGGGUGCAUGAGGGACCUGGCAUCCACCCCUGAGCGAGGAGGACCCGUGUCUGAAAACGGGGCAGUGGGCGAAGGGCCGGCAGAGAGCAAGGGGUUGGCUGCCAGCCUGAUGGAGAAGCCCCUCUGCGGUGGGGGGAAGGCUCUGCCCGAAGCUGCCGUGCCUUGCAUGGGGCAGGGCACCAGCCUUCCCACCAUGGAUGCUGGCACCGUGGGAGCUGCCCCCAACCAGUUCCACCCUCUCUACAUGCCAGGUCUGGAAUACCCGAAUUCAGCUGCUCGUUAUCACAUCAACCCAGGGCUGCAAGGGUUCAGCCCAGUGAUGGGUGGGAAGCCUCCCCCAGUGUCCCACCCGCAGCAUUUUCCUGCACGGGGCUUCCAGCCAAGCAGUGCCCAUCCCGGGGUCUUCCCUCGCUAUCGGCCCCACCAGGGCAUGCCCUACCCCUACCAGCCCCAGCCUCAACCUUCUUACCACCACUACCAGCGGCCACCCUACUACGCCUGUCCGCAGGGCUACUCGGACUGGCAGAGGCCUCUUCACCCCCAGGCCAGCCCCAGCGGCCACCCGCCCCUGGCCAGACCCCCUUUCUCUGACCGGGGGAAUGUGAGCAGCUUGCAGGGCUGCGAGGCACUGAGUGCUGCCCUGGCUUCUCCCAACCGCAUGGACGUAGCGAGUGCCAAAGAGGUUUCUCCAAGCGACGGGCAGGAUCUGGGGCCUGAAGAUGAGAAGUCUGAGGAAUCCCAGGAGCGGCCGGAGAGUCCCAAAGAGUUCCUAGAUUUGGACAACCACAACGCAGCCACGAAGAGGCAAAGCUCGGUGGCAGCAGGAGAGUUUCUCUAUGGAGCUCCCCCACCUCACCUGGGUUCGGGAAUGGGAUUUGGGCCAUCAGCUUUCCCUCCCCAUGGGAUGAUGCUGCAGACUGGCUCUCCCUACACAUCCCGGCAUCCCGCCGGUCAUUUCCAGCCCAGGACGUACGGAUCACCCAUGAAUGCCCACCUGUCUCAUCAUCCAGCCCCUGGCCAAGCUAAUGGCCUCUCUCAGGAGGGACCCCUGUACCGCUGCCGGGAGGAGAACAUAGGUCACUUUCAGGCCUUGCUGAUGGAGCAGAGAGGCAGUGGAGGUGGCAUGGGGGGGCCACCCCAGGACUUGUAUAGACCAUCGGGAAUGCAAAUGCAUCAGGCUCAAGUUCCUUUCCCGAAGAUGCCUACAGCAACCAUGUCUCGAGAAGAUCUGACGCCACAAAAAUCAUCAGCGUUGCCUCUGGAUCAAAGCUAGUCUGAGGAAGGAAGGACCUCACGAAGAUGAAAGCCACACGUAAUUUGGACAAAGGGGAGGAGGGGCAGGCCUUCCUCCCACCCUCCCCUCAUCCAAGCAGCAUGUAGCUUCCCGGGUCCAUGGAUCGCAGCAUCCCGACGGCGUCUGUGCUGGAAUUCCGGAGCUGUGCUGGGCCCCAGCCAACCGGCCGAGCAGCCGGCUUGCCAGCACAGGGCGAGCAUGGCCAAACUAGUGGCUUUCUGAGACUGGAGACUGCGUCUCGUUCAGGGUUUGAGGGAUUUUGGG